UGCGGCCCAGCUGGACAUGAGGCCCUUCGAAAGUUUGGAGAAGUUUACUUUCGCGUCUCCAGUCCAACCAUAACACUCACCCUCCACCUGCCGAGCGAGAUUCGAUCCAUCUCGUACAAGCAGCAAUCAAGAGAAACACAUCAAUACCAGCACUCGAUCCUCACCGCCUCAACACGCAUGUCCAGCUCUCGAAUCAUCGUCCUGCCCACCUGUUCGAUCUGCCAGGAUGAUGAAGCCGGUCUGGAUAUCGUUGCCACGAUCUGUGGUCACGUCUUCCAUCUGAGUUGCAUCCGGACCUGGGACGAGAGCCAAUUCUCACGCAGACAUCCGACCAAAUGUCCGAGCUGUAACAUCACUCUCAGAAGAGCCGCCUCAACAUCCUCUGCCGCAAGAUUCAUCACCCUCCAUUCACUCACCGAGCGAGAGGUUGACGACCAAGGCUCAUCCCAAGUGAUCGCUCGAACCGGCGACUCUUCAACUGAUCCCCGCCUCUCAAGGUGUCGAGAGGAACUCAACUCCCUCAAAGAAACACUCAAGGAACGCGAACAAAAGAUCCAACAGCUCACCCUCGAACCUGUCUCGCUUAGAAGGGAGAGAGAGAACUUGACCGCGACCUUAAGGGUCUUGAAUCACUCCAAGCAAGAACUCGAAGAUCGGGUCCUUAAAGUUUCAAGAGAUCUCCGAGCCGAACGCAAGGAACGUACCGAUGAACGGCUUGCUCGCUCCUUGGAUGAAAAGAGGAUCAAAACUGAGAUGGACAAGUUGAAUGAAAAAUAUCGGAUUGCAAAGAACGAGGGAGAACAACUUCAUGAACAAUAUGUUAAAAAAGUUAGCGAGAAUGAAGAGCUACAAUCAUUUGUCUCCGAAUUCGGUCAAGAGAAAGCUAGAUUUCAGGCGACCGAAGUCGCUCUGAGAGCUCAAUUACAAGAAAGUAUCGAGAGAUUCAAAAGUGUCAAAGCAGCUAAUUUGGUUUACAAGGACAAAUUGGAAAAGAAGCGGAAUUUCUUCGAAGAUAAAGCGGGGAUGGGCGAUCGUAGUUUGACGAGCUCGGUUCGACGGUGCAGUAAAUUUUAUCCAGAUGUUUCCAAGUCGUCGAUCCAUCCAGGCGGACUGAUGGUUCUAUCAUCGAACCAAGCUACCAACGCCACCUCCGCCCAACCAUCCAAGCGAGCCAACCAACCGACCAGCGUCCAGUCUCCCUCGACUGAGUCGAGCAAGAGAAUCUGUAGGACCAAGCCUCCAGCUGAUCAUCAUCAGAACCAUCCCAGUGCCAAUGUCCAGAUCGAAAUCCAAUCCUCCUCUGACCCUGAAGAUCUAACUCAUCAUAACCAUCCUUCCUCUUCCAAUAUCCACUCUUCCUCCCCUCCUCCCAACAUUCCAGCUGACCAAGAUUUGGUCAUGCCUUCCUUGUUCGGAAGGGACUUGUCUACUCCUGCCCGUGACCAAAAGAACAAGCUCCCCCUGCCUUUCAAUCAUCUUCGAACUAAUCAAGCCUCCAGCUCUUCGGCUUUCAAAUUCUCUAAACCUGCCGAUAAACUCUUGGCUCUGGGUCCUAAAGUUAGACACAGAUAAAUCACCCACCUCGUUUCUUCUAUUUACAUACUUCCUCGUCUAUCUUGAGAUUGUUUUCUUCUUUCUUUUUUGUUAUCAUUAUGGUCACAAAAAAAGAAGAAGAAAAUUAUUCUUGCUAUGAUCAAUUUUUGACUGACCCUCUGAACUUUACUAGUUAUUAUGAAAGAACAAACCAAAAAAAAAAAAAAUGACGACCUAUUUGAUUGAUCUUAUAUAUUCCCCCUCUGAAUCGUUAGUUCCUUUUUAUUUCAUUUUUGUGAUGUCUCGCGAUCUUUCUUGUUGCCCCAAUUUGACGCCCUCGAUGAUCAUUUCUUCUUCUUAUGAGCCUAUAUCCCAUUUCCA